AAUGCACUUAUAAGUACACUUGGUAUAGCCUAUGUUGCAGGAAUAUGCCGUCCUCCUAUUGAUUGUGGAGUUAAUAAUUUCCAAGGAGACCCCUGGUCCCUUUUUGCCCUCACAGUAGCCCACGAGUUAGGCCAUAAUUUGGGUAUGUGGCAUGAUGAAGAAUUCUGUUUGUGUGGGCAAAGGGGUUGCAUCAUGAACGCUGUCAGAGUGCCAGCAGAGAGAUUCACCAACUGUAGUUAUGCGGAUUUUGCAAAGACCACUUUAAACCAGGGAUCAUGUCUGCAUACUCCUCCAAGUCUAGGGGAAGUCCUUAUGCUGAAGCGCUGUGGGGACGGUGUGGUCGAAGGAGAAGAGGAGUGCGACUGUGGAUCUGUAAAGCAGUGUGAACAAGAUCCCUGUUGUCUGUCGAACUGCACUCUGAGGCCCGGGGCAGCUUGUGCUUUUGGGCUUUGUUGCAAAGACUGCAAGUUCAUGCCAUCAGGGGCACUCUGUAGACAUGAGGUCAAUGAAUGUGAUCUUCCAGAGUGGUGCAACGGGACAUCCCAUCAGUGCCCGGAAGAUGGAUAUGUGCAGGAUGGGGUUCCCUGUAGUGACAAGGCCUACUGCUAUCAAAAGAGAUGUAAUAACCAUGACGAGCAGUGCAGGGAGAUC